AACAUCCCCUGCAGCACCGGUUUCUACCACCACGUAGACGCUGUCCUUGUGCCAGACAUCAUAGACCAGAUGCUUCCCCACAGAUGUACCCAGAUACUCGAGAAAGAGGUUCUGGGUCGAUGUGGAGUCUGUGGAUCCCCGAAAAGGUGUCCAAAGAACUCGGAUGUACCAACGACGAAGCAGAAAAGUUGCAGCUACUGGGCACGCAGAUAUGGACGGCCCAAAAGGAUGCGAGGAUGUGCCAAAAUUUGCACCAGAGAAGUCAAGGUUCCCAAGUGCUGUGAGGGUUUUCACGGUAUUGACUGUAUACCCUGCCCCGGUGGUUUCAAAAAUCCCUGCAACGGUCAAGGAAAGUGUUCGGAUGGGCUCACCGGCUCAGGCCUAUGUUAUUGUGAUCCCUCUUUCAUGGGCACUGCUUGUGAACUCUGCAGGCAGAAAGAUGUCUUUGGGCCUCAUUGUAACAAUUCAUGCACAUGCCUCCACGGACAGUGUGACGAGGGCCCCCAGGGGUCCGGCCUGUGCAAGUGGAACUCGUGUCAGCUGGACUACGUCGGGGACAAGUGUAACAAGAAACUGAUGAAGUGCGGCCAGGACGUGACCCUGUGUCAUGCCAACGCCGAGUGCUACGUCAACGAUGACGACAUAGCCAGUUGCCGAUGCCUGCCUGGGUACAGAGGUGACGGUGAUGAAUGCGUAGCCAUUAACCCUUGUGCAGAUGAGCCCAACGGAGGGUGUGACCCACAGCAUUAUUGUGUCUGUAACGAAGGUUUUACGGGGAAAGGAGAUGUGUGUAUAUCACUGGACCCGUGUGCUGUGAAUAAUGGCGGAUGUCAUCCAAAGAACGUGGAAUACCGGAACAAUAUACUGAACCGGCUGGACGAAGAACCGAUGACGUUUUUCGCCCCGUCUGACGAAGCAAUGGCCAACUUUGCCAAAACUCGAGAUCCGCCCGGUGGAGGGGACUACUGGGACGAGGAGGAGAACGUUCUUUGGUUUCUUAAUUUCCACACUUUGUACAAAGAUCUAACGACUGAAGACUUCCUGAAAAUGGCUGACAUCUUACACAAGUAUCCCACAAUGUUUGAUGGGUAUUCUAUCAAUAUGGUAUCCACGAAUCAGACCCUGCACAUAUACGUCAAUCAUUCCGAGUUUGCAUCCUUUGUCCAGCCUGAUAUGCCAACGCUGAACGGACAUCUUCAUGUCAUAGACAAAGUCCUGGAGCCUUUCUUUCCAGACGAUGACGCCCCUUCCUUGAUCGACACUCUGACGUCAAACCCUGAGUACUCGCUGUUUGCAGAUGCAUUGAAGGAUAUGGGCUUACUGGCUCAUCUGGAAGAUCUGGACGAGUUCACAGUGUUCGUCCCAACAAACAAAGCUAUGGAAACACUGGACUACCCCAUGAGCCCAGAAUUCCUCAAAUACUACGUGGUUCCGCGGUUAGUCUUCACACCGACGGUGAUGAACAGCGAUCAAGUGGCCACUCUUUUGGGACAGACUCACAGACUGGAGCUCACGGCCACGGAUGAUGGGAUCUUCGUGAACCAGAUACCCAUCGUUCGUGCUGACGUGCUGUUUGACGCAGGAGUGCUCCACGUCAUCAACGAAUUGAUACAUCCGGUCCUUAACCGAUGUGACGUCAGCGAUCUCCAAGUGCAGGCA